UUCGGCGACUGUUAUCGCGAUAUAAGUGCAGUUAUGAUGUGUAAAAUAAAGUUCAAUAUAUAAAAUGUGAACCGAAAUUGAUUCCUUUUAAUGUGAUGCACACUGCACUGCAAAAGGAUUGACAAUGAUCCUCAACAACCUGGUCAAUGAUGCAGUCUUAAUUUUUCUCGAAAGAGGGCGCUGAUCCAGCCCUUUCAAUACAGAAGCGGAUUUAGUAGAUAAUAUUAUCAAAAUGCAAGAACUAGGAUCUGUAAUGCGGGCAAUGGAACUGCAGCGUUUAAUCGAAGACAAAGUGUCAGAAUGGCGGGAGAGGUCGGCCUGGGUCGCGGGCGUCAGCGUGCUUGAGUCUUAUCAGCAACCACUCAACUUCAAACGACACACUAACAGACGCAAAAACAGUGCUGAAAUAAACAGAAUUAUCGCAAAGUACUCGAAACCCAAAAGGACAGAGGAGCGUCAUUCUGUGUUAGCGAAGUGUAGCGAAGAGCCGCCCACUCGUCCAGUUAGACAGAAAAAGCUGCGCAAGAAGUUCUCUCAGAGUGAAGAUAAUCUUGUUACGGUUGGAGCCAUGGAACCACCAGAUCCUAAACUACAAAUCACACCGCGCACUUCGAAGUACAACGCGAAGAGCUGCGAGGACAUAACAGCGUUCAUUGACAUUGGUAAUAAAAGGAAGAGCGAAAACUUUGAAGAGAGCAGUAUUCUCACCGCUCAACCCAUAACUAGAAGAAGACCAAAGCUUCAUAGCAUAGAUGAAAAUAUUUUAUACGCAUCAGAAUUUGACAGUGGUGUAGAUUUUAGAAUUCGAACAAAUUUUGCUACUUCUACGCCUUUGUCGAGCAGAAAGACUUGCCCCUCUGGUGAUUCUUUGUCAGUGAUUGACUUCGAGAAAAGUGUAGCUAAUGUGAGUGAUAGUGUAUUAAAAAAGGGAAGUUCAGAGCCUGAUAUAACAGCUAGGAACUCGGUGAGUUCAGAGAAAACAUUGGACGCGAGAAAGAAAUGGAAAAUCUUGAUGCCCAUAAAGCCGCCUUUUCGCAAAGGCACUUUCGAUUGCCUACUGCGUUGGCGCGGAAAAAAGGCAACUUCUCAUCAAAAACAAAUACAAGAGGUGGACGAUAGCUUUUUUGAAAAAUUUGGAUCAAUUUUGAAACAAGUAUCGCAAAAGGCAGCUUUGGAGGAGUCCACUCCUUUGGCCCCGCUGAAGGAAGUGGAAGAGCAGGAUGCAGACCAAAAAGAAGUAGCAGAUGUUGGCGACUGCAGAAGUAUUGCCAGGGAUUCAGACAGUGGAAAUGAGACUCUUCUUGAUACUGAUUCAGAACCAGAGGAUCCAGAGAAGUUGGACUUUUAUGUUGAAGCAGUUGGUUGGAAUGUCGAUGAACUCUACUUGGAAGUAUUGUAUGAAAUUCUGCACAAUGUCGGCGGAUGUGACGUAGGCUGUGAAGUUGGACAGCAAGUAAUGCUGUCCUAUGUCCAGGAGGCUUUCAAGAUCUCAAACGAGAAGCACACAGAGCUUCUAACGCAAGCAGAGGCCAAAGAACCACCGGAACUGAUGUUGAAUGUGGAGGUUAUAGAAGGAAAAGAUUUGGUGCCCAAAGAUCCAAAUGGACUAAGCGAUCCUUUUGUUACAAUAUACUUAACUUCAAACACAUCUCAUAGAUAUAACACAUCUGUUAAAUCCAGUACGCUGAACCCUGUAUGGGAAGAGCAUUUUUCAUUACCAAUGACGGGCACUCUGCAAGAGGAUUCACUGGUUUUAGAAGUAUGGGAUUUUGAUCCUGCGGAAACCGUCAAGGAGAAAAUGACAAAGAUAUUUGAAGUAAAAGGCGUCAAAGGCCUCAGGAAACUGAUGAAAGAGAUAGCAAUAACUGCUUCGACAGGCAAACACGAUAAUGAACUUAUUGGAACCUCUAACAUACCACUCAAAUCAAUACCUGCGGGAGGAAUGAUAAUGUGGUUGAACUUGAGCAAAAAGAGCAAAUUGCGUCGUCAAGGCGUUGUCAAAGUUCGGUUCAACUUCUCUUCUGAGAAGAACUCACAAGUUGCAUCUCAAGAACACAGGCAUCUACUUAGGAUACUGUUACUCCACGAACUCGAAUCUUCAAAGGUGGCGCCAUUUUGGUGGUGUGGUAACUUCAGCGCGCCAGCUGAGGGCAUAUUGACGCAGCACGCGGCGCAGAGCGGCCUGUCACUCACCGACAACUUGCUGGCACAGUGGUCGGUGUUCUGUGCCGUCACGCCUGACCAUCCGCUGAGCUUCGUUCUCUUCAAUAACCUCUUGGACAAACUAACCAAACCCUUACAAUCAGGUCUUAUAAAUGAAGAGGACGUCAAGUUAUUCUGGGAUGGUGCAAAGAAACUUCUUCCGACAUGCUACAGCCAUGUUCGUAAACUUAGAAAGAAGACAGCCGGGGACAAAUCGGUCAUGAAAACCCUGCGCGAAGUGCUGAAGAUACUAUUCAAGCUAUCUGCAUUAGACGUUCCAGAGACGAUAGACUUAUUUCCGGCAAACCUCUAUGGCUGGCUGAGAGAUAAUGACGACGGGAGUAAAUUGUCCAUACAAGAAGUAUUAAACCAGGCUGCUAUACAGGGUGCGGCUGAUUGGUUCGUGCAUAUAUUAGACAAUAACGAAUGCAAGGAUAAAACGGAAGAUUCUAGACUGCAGCACUUGAUACGCGUCAUUCAGUUGGUGCGAUCGGACUUGCAGCGCGCCAUUGAAUACUUUGACAGAGUAUUUAUUGAAGUUAUGAGUUUUCCAUACUCAAAAAUACUGUAUGGAGUUUACGAAAGUAAAAUUGCGUCAUUAGUUGAGCCAGAGGUGUUGCAAGUUUGUAAAAGCAUGAAGCGAUUAAGAUACAGUGAAGGAUCGACUAAUAGUGUGUAUUUAGCUGGUGGGCUCAAUGGAGAGACUGGCUUGGGGACUCCGGAUGUGGGAUCGGAACCAUUGGCGAUGGGAACUACGCUGUUUGAGUUGUAUUUAGCACUGCAGCGAUAUCUUACCUUAGGCCAAGGCUUGAACGAAACAGAGUGGAACUCAUAUGCGAUAGCUAAAUUCCAUUCGUGGUUCUUUGGCGGAGUGGCACAAUGGCUCGACAUAGCGGCAUUUAAAGCACUCACUCGUAUAGAAAAGGCCGUGGAACUCGACAAUCUGGUGCCAGUUGAUGGUAACGUCAAGUACAGUAGCUCUGGCGUGGACACCCUGGCUAUUUUCUAUCAGAUCAAGAUAUUCUGGCAACAGUUGGCCUGGCCUGAUAUCGAAGGGUGCUACACUUUUGUUGCGAAAAUUAUUGAUGAUAUUUGCCGAUGCUGCGUAUUUUACUCAGACAAGAUGGCGGCUAGGGUAGAAAGCGUGGGUAAAGUGACCACAGUGUACGAAGAAAGGUUCGAAGUUACAACUGAAUGGUGUGUUGCCAUCAACAAUAUAGACUAUGUGCGACAGAGUUUACAACCCUUUGUGGAGGAGUUGGGAAUGGAAGAGAUUAUACAGAAAAUGUGCGAAGCCAGAUCACCCCUCGAGGCGCAGAGGUGUAAGGACACUCUUCAGAACGUGAUAGCGAAUGCAAUUGAUACUGUGAGAAACAAAAUCGUAGAUCUUCUCGAGGUUAUGAUUAGAAAGAUGAUGCCGUCCAUCACUCGUUUUCUAAUGGAAGGAGCAGAGUUACUGCAUCAGGACUGCUCUAGUAUGGACCGCGUCAUGCGAUACUUAGAGGCCAAUCUGGACACACUAUACCAACACUUGAACAAUGAAAACUUUUCUAGAACCCUCGAUAUUGUCUGGGAGCAGCUUGGCGAAGUCCUCUACGAACUGAUUCAAGCUAAUCUCGAGAAACGGCGACCGCCAGCGUUUUUCUCGAACCUUCACGAAUGUCUCAAAAUAAUGGUGCGAUCGUUCCGACAAGAUAACAAGGAGAUUUAUACAUCUGAUACACUAAAAAGGGUGGAGUACUUACUGAAGCUUCACGGUAUGGAGACCCGGGAACUGAUACACCAGUACCAUUUGGAGAGAUGGCAAGAACAACAGGCGGUCUCUGAGCCCAAAAUGGGCAUGUUGACUGUACGAGCACAGUUCAUUGAUAACAUUCUCAAGAUUGAAAUCAUGAACGCUAGAAAUUUGGUGGCUACGGAUUCUAACGGCCUUUGCGAUUCGUAUGUUCGCGUCGCUUUACUGCCGGAGGACUCAUUUGUAAAUGUUGAGAAACCUAAGACCCAAACGCACAGCAAGAAUCUCUUCCCACUCUACGACGAAAUGUUUCUCAUCCCACUCACACCCGAACAGCGCAGAAUACCGGACGCGCUACUGCACUUCGUCAUCAAGGACAAGGAUAUGUUCAGCGUGAGCAACACGUUCGUCGGAGAGGCCUAUGUGAACUUCAGCGAGGUUCCCGAAACGCCGGCGCCUAUUGGCAGCUUGGCGCAAAUGCAUUUACCGUUAACCAAGCCUAGUAAUAUAGAUGGAGAUGCUGUAAAGGCUCUGGAGUCCCGCCAAGGUGACAAGCAGGCUCGAGACUUCAUCAAGAAGCAAAGACAAAAGAUGCCUAGCAAACAGUUCUUCUCAUUAGGAUAAAAUAUUGUAUGUAAUCUGUUCAACUAAGACUGUUGUAUUAGUAACUAGAGUAUAGGCCGGGAGGGAACGAAUACAGAUACAGAAUACACUACUCUAAUUAAUAUAUGUAUGAUUAAUUAUAUAUUUAUCUAAAGUAAUCCUACAUAAUGAUUUCAAAAUCGUUAUUUAAGGAGACCUUACUUCCUGCUGCUAUUAUGUUAACUGUGAUUUAAUAUUUAUUACAUAGCCAGUUGAGUGUUAUAAUGUUUAUUACAACACUGAAAUCGGUUUUAUAAUGAAUUUUUUUGAAGUUAAAACUUAAUAUCUAAUGCAUGUUAGGGUGAAGUCACUCGAAUCGAGGCUUCAGGGACCGCAAUCAUUUAGAGCAAAGUUUACCAAAAGUUUUACAUAAUUACCAUUGAUGUACUCUAAAGAACUAGACUCACAAACGCAUAAUGUCCGAGCGGUGUUGUAAAUACGUAUAAAUUAACUUAUACAGAUAACAUUCAAAUAUUCAUUCAAAUUAACACGCUAUUUCGUGGCAAUAAUGUUUAAAGUCUAUUGUAUACAAUCAUUAGAAGCUCGCACGCGAAUACUAGACAAGAAUUAUUUGUUUUAGAUUGUUUAAUCAUCAUCAAUCAAUCAUGUCAAGUUAGUUAAAAUAUUUUGUGAAAUUUAAGGGGCAUUUACCUGAAAUACGAAACUCCAUCCAUUUUAAAUUUGGAUAUGCUGUUAAUUGGACAGUUUAUCAAUGAACACUUUGUCAUUGCGUGGGGUUAUAUUCAAAGCGCGGUCGAAACACAACUGAAUGAAAGCUCUGCCGAAUAUACGUGUGAAAUGUGAGCCUAGUUGUCUAUUGUAUGUAAAUGUCAUCUCCUCACUUUUAGUAUUAAAAAAAUUUUAGUAUGACAUCUGAAUAAAUAACUAUUUUUAUCAUGACUUGCCGUUGUUUGAGGUCUUUAGUUCGUGUAGUUCAAAAUUUAUAAAACAGAGGGCGCCAUGCUACGACACAUACGUCAGCUUGCUAAUAUUUUAGAAUUUUAAAGUUUAACCCCUUUAUUGAUAAUAGUCUGCUAACUUAAAGCAUUGCUAAUUCUCACUCUGUCUUCUUCUAUUGACCUCAGUCAGAAUUAGAAAAACACUCCUUAGCGGCUGUUUAAAGUUAGCGGACCAUUAUGAAUAAGGGGGUAUGAAUUUAAACUGUACUAUACAUAUAUUGAAAAAAUAUAACAUCUUAAAUCUUUAAAAAUUUGCUAGUACCUAUUUUAAACGUGUGCUUUAGUUCCUAGAUAUUGCGUAAUAAAUACGAUUUCUACAAAACCAAUAGCUUAAUCUUGAAACGCCCAAGAACGUAUAAAUUGAUUUUAUUGUUAGUGUUAUAGUAGAAUACGUAAUAAGAUAAAAUAUAUGUGUGAUUUAGUUAUGGUUGUGUAUAUUAAGCAAUAAUUGCCAAUUUAGCAAUAAUUUAUAUUUAUUUAUGUUUUUAACUAAAUAUAAGUCAAUCGCAAUUAAUCACCUAACCGACUUUUUAUAAUUAUUGUUGGUUUGAGUGAAACUUACGAAAAUUAUUUUAUGAUGUCUGCAACUUACUAUAAAAAUAAUAGUAGUGUAGUAUUUAUUAAUGUUAUAUUUAUAUAUAAGUACAUUAAAUCUUUCAAACAUUUAAAUUAAAUACUUUUUACAUGAAUGAUUUGGCAAUGAUUAGAUUAUUUUUCAUUGAUUUUCCAUCAUAAUGUGUCCACGGCGACAGUUCACAGAGUCAGUUGCGCGUUUUAAUCUUACUUACAAUAUUCUAGGGUAUAUACGAUUUGACAGCCAUUCCAUGACCAAUUAUAUUUGUCAAUGUGUGCGUUAGGUGGUUUAAUAUUCAAACUAUUAGGAGCGAAUCCCAAACGUGGCUGACUGUUUACGACUAGCCAAUAAAAAUCGGUGACAGCAUAGGUUCGCUUUCCUUUUUUAUCUUGCUGUAUCUUCUUUAGAGAUUUAUUGAAUUAGGCGUUACUUUGCGGAAAUCCAUAAUUAUACAAAUGAUUUAAGUUUUCUUUAGUGUUAAUUCCGCCAAUAUUUGUUUUAAAAACAAUUCGACACGUGUUUCGCCUCUACACGAGGCAUCCUCAGGACGUGUUGUCUCGCCAAAAUUGAGUCUCGUGCCAGAUUUUUUUCGUGUUUUAAAAACAAAUAUUGGCGGAAUUAACACUAAAGAAAACUUAAAUCAUUUGUAUUCUUUAGAGAUGUUCUUCUCUCUUGCAAGUUUGUUUUUUUUUAUUUGAAAAUAAGGAAAGAGACGGGCAGGUCGUUCAGCUGAUGGUAAUUGAUACUAAUUCUAAUUGAUGAUACCCAUUACAAUGCAGUGCCGCUCAGGAUUCUUGAAAAAACCACAAAAAUUCGAAGCGGCACUGCAACAGCUGCGCUCGUCACCUUGAGAUAAAAGAUGUUAAGCCUCAUUUGCCCAGUCAUUUCACUAGCUACGGCGCCCUUCACACCGAAAUACAGUAAUGCUUACACAUUACUGCUUCACGGCAGAAAUAGAGGCCGUUGUGGUAUGACGGUGUUUGUCUAUACGCUAGUAUAUUGUAAGUGUAUGAUUUUAAUUCAUUAAAAGGAAUUUCAUUUUAAUUUUGUUUUAGAUUCUAUAGAGCACUUCUUUAUCCACAUCGUGGCUUAUGUAAGCAGAGAUUAUGAAAGAUCAACUCUCCUUGAUUGAGCAAAAAGCAAGCGACAGUAAUGAAUUAUUAAUUUAUAAGUUCAUCAUUUAUUAAACCUGUCUAGUAUAUGUUGGCGAUUGACAAAAAAUUUAACCAAUGAUUCACUGUAACUAAUCAUAGGCAUUUUAUUUGUUUAACGCGAGUGUUAAAUAAAACACUAUUUAAGGAUUAAAACGCGUGUAAUUGUAACUGUUUUUUGACAUUAAAUUUUGCGUACAAAAUUUGUUUUUAUUUUAGUUACCCCGGCAGUCACACUGAAAACGUGAUCUGGAAAGAUCUCGAGACGUCGAGUUAACUAAAAUAAUAAUAAAAAUGUAACGUUUACGCAAAAUUUUAUGUUUAAAUACACAGUUACAAUUACACGCGUUUGAAUACAUUCGUUUGUUAACAUCUCUAUUUUUUGUUAAAAAAAAUAAACUCCAAAAUUUAAGUACAUUUUUAUACAAGUACCUUAUAUUUUUAACUCCAAUGUAGUUUUAAAACAAACUGCCUAAAAAUUGACAUGUCAAAUGCGCAAAAAAUGGCGUCACUAUUCAAAUAUUUGAAUUACUUAGGUUAUUGCUCUUUUUGAAAAAAAAAAAUUCUCGCUCAAAAUAAACUUAAUUCAUUAAAACUAUUGAUGGUUUAUUUGUAAUUAUUAACAAGAAUAUUACACUAUUAUUUGAAUGACAUACAUACACCCUAUUGUUUAAAAAAUUUAAGUCUCCAUAGUUUUAUUCUAAGUAGAUUUUAUCAAGGAAAUAACACGUCGAACGACAGCAGCGCCCCCGCUGAAGUGCCAACUUACACUUGACACGCUUACCGACUCUGAGUCGCACAACGAGUAUAUUAAUUAUUACAAAAAACUCUUUAGGCAAUGUCAGUUUUUAUAGUGAUUUGGACACACAGCUCAGUGUACCUCUACCUUACUUUUCCACGUUUAAUUGUUAAAAUUUCGAUUUUAAUACAUUCAAAUUCUUUUGUUUCUUGUUGCGUCACUACGGUUUGCAGUAUAAUUAUCGUUCGGUACAUGUCGUGAUAUUUUCGAACUGUUUUGUUUUCAUUGUUACGUUUUGACUUUUGCUAUUAAUAGUUAUUCUUGUAGUGUCUGUUGUUCUGUGUUGCUAUAAUAAUUCUGUCAGAAAAAUAAAUUCUCUUUGUAAGUAACCUAGAUGCUUUCAUUGAUUUUUCAUAAUUAUAGUAAUAAUAAUAAUCAUUAUCGCAACACAACACUUUAUAUCUAUCAAUAAUACAGAAAAAAAUAAUCUUAGUUUAUUUAUUAAUAAUAUUAAUAUAUUAUUUAGUGAUGCUUGUUUUGCACACCGUAACAAAGCAACGAUGUGACGUCAUCGACCAGAGAUAAUGUAACCAGGUCAUAAUCCAGUCGUCAGGCUAUGAUAGUAUUGCAUCAAAGGACCCAGUGUGGAGGAUUUAUUUGUUAUUAAAUGCCUUCGAAAUCUCAAUGAUGUCAUUUAUUGAUAGAUCUCAAAAGAAAGAAUCUUUGUUUAUUUAUUGUGCGUUUGAAACAGUUUUUUAUCGGCGUACGAAAUGUUUCUUGUGUUGUCAAUGUAUAUGCCACAUAUUUUAUCGUCGGACGUCAAAAUUUGUACUUUAUUGUAUCACAGAAAAAUUGUCUUUAUUUGUCUCUGUCUACUAUAUUAUAUACCACUGGGCUGGCGGCUGUCAAAGUGCUUUUGUGACUGGUUGAUAUUCGCCAUUUUGGCGCUGUAGCAGCAGCGAGAGUCUGCGGAACUAAAACUAGUGAAGACAACCUCAGCAAACAUCGAUAGAUGGUGGGGAACUAUUUACAAAAAAAAAAUACUUUAUUUUAUUUACAAAAAUACUUCAGAGUAUUGUGCGCUUUUUGCACAUUUGUAUUAUACGUCAGAAGUACUUUGGACGCUCGCGAGUGUCGCUUCAAAUAGGCCCAAAAAUUUGCUGUCUAACAUAAUAUGGAACAACCUGUCUAGUGGUAUUUAUACAGGUCAGCUUGUGCAGAUUAGCAUUCGAGUGAAAUUAGAAAAAAUUUUUUUUUUGGUGAAAACUGAAACUUACAAUUUAAAUUUCUUAAAAUUACUGUAACACAAUAUAGUAAAUAAACACUGAACGUGGCAUGUGACGUCAUCCAAUACCCGCUAAAUAUGGCGACAGUCAACUGGUCCGAUUUUAUUUAAAAAUUAAUUUGAACAUUGCCAAGAGCUUAAAUAAUUUAUACGUCUAGAAAGAGUUUCUUUCUGUUAGACAACCGAUGAAAACAGCCUGAUUUAAUACUUUAGUGUGCGUGGCAAGCUACGUCUUACACUCGCGAUUUGAGUGUCACUUUGUGUUAGUGUGCGUGCAUUGCAUUUUCAAAGUUGAUCUAACGCCAAGAGUAUUUAUAUAUAUUUAUUUAUGGUUUUUAAGUCUAAUUUUAGCAUUAGAAUAAAUUAUUUUAAAUGACAGUACACUACGUAUCUGUAAUACGCAAUAAAAAUUGGAUUGUUUUAAAUAACAACUCGUAAAUAGAAAGUACUUGGCUUAAAUCCAAGAGCUGAAAAUAAAUCACUUAUAAAAUUCGUCGGUCGUGUUAAUAAUGUUAGACUAAGAUUAGUGAAACUAUCAACUGAGAAUGAAGGUGUGUAGUUGAUGUUCUGUGAUAAUAACUAUUGUGCCUUAGUUUUAUAUUUGUAUUGUAUAUACACUUCUCAAUACAUUACAAUAAUGGCUUAAGGCGAAGAGUAAGCAGAAAACACGCAAACAUGAUGUUUUUAGACAAGUUUUGUGGUGAAAAUAUAGCAUUUCGAGUUAUGAACACUAUUUAAUCCUGUUACACAUAUCCUUAAGUCUUAUUUGUAGGUUGCUAAUGCUUGCUGUUGGUAAUAGUAAACACUGCCGAGCCUUUUCGAACUACCACUUUUCUUUGAAGUUAAACAAGUUUUUUGGCAUGGCGUGACGCAUUUUUUUGGUACUUCUCUCAGAACAGUUAUUCUUAUAGCUUGUUCUUUUUUGUGUAGGUUCAUUUAUUCAGAUUAGUAGUGAAUAACGAGGAUUGUAAGCAUAUAAACUGUUUUCCACGCAAGAUUUUUGAAAAUAUUGGCUUUGUUACAUAGACGGUGGGCCGGCACCUGUGAACUCAUAUCGCUCAAGGUCGCUGGCAUUUAGUGUCGCCUUAAGUAUGACUCGGAAACGCACAAGAUGGCGCCCAACAAUCGUAUGACGUAUAAUAACACCAUACGCGUUAUUUAAAAAAAAAUAUCGAAGUGAAAUAUUAUCUUAUUCUCUCAACAAUAGAAUUGCAAUUGAUUUGUGUGUGUCUGUAUAUUCGAUUUUUAGGUGACGAUCACGUAUAACGUGACGACCCUGAUAACAUGGCACUGCGUCCGUCAGUAUGGUACUUGAGGGAAUGUCUCGUAUGCCUGUAAUAUUAUAAAUGUAAUGAGAAGUGUAUAUUAAUAUUAUGUCUGCUUCGUAGAUAAUUAAUGAGUGUGAUGGACGUCGUAUUUAUACAAAUUAUGUUUCUACGGUCGUGUCAAUAAAGCUAUUUUAAUUGAAAA